AUGGCCUUUAUGCGCGAGUCCAUUGGCAACCUCCAGUGGCACCGCGUCGACGUACCAAGUGAUACGCUGCUGCGCAAGGACGCCAUUGCGAAUCCGCACAACCGCGGUUUCGUGAUUUGUGUCCACGAAGGCAACUUUGCCGCCGCGCUCUCGCUCGUCACGGAGCUCGCGUGCCUCGGGACAGAGCUGCCGGUCGAGCUGCACCACUGCACAGAGCGCGAGCUGCCGUCCGACUUGGCGGCUGUGCUCAAGCACGCCGCAUUCACACACGUCCGCGUGGUCGACUCGUGCGCCCUGGCCGCCGCCCAUGGCAUUCCGAGACCGCCGCUGUUUGCAUCGCCCCGCGACGCGUGGAUGAAGCCGCUGGCUCUCUACACGUCGACGUUCGACCAUGUCAUGAUCCUGGACGCGCACACGCUGCUUCUGCGCAACCCGAACGUCAUCUGGACCGACGCAGGUUACGAGGCCAGCGGGUCCUAUUUUUUUCGCCAGCGCAACCUCGUGCCGGGUGCGAACGCAGCGGACCGGUACACCCACCUUCUGCGGAAAUACACGGAUCUGUACCACUUGGACACAUCGAUCCAAGCUGUGAACCUCGAGCUCUCCAACAACUUUACGCAGCAUCUCGGCUCGUCGUUUGAUGCGCUGCAAACCGUGGACCCGAGUCUCCUCGUGGUGCACAAGACCCGGUACGGCGACCGCUUGCCCAAGCUGCUCAAGCGUCUCAUUGGUCAAGCACCGCGCGAUCCGUCGUUCGCAUGGCUGACACCCCACGACGCCAUCUUCUCGGUUUUUGAGCUCAUGCACAAGCCGUUCCACGUGGCAACGUACGGCGCGAACACGCUCAAUGCGCCGCGGGAUCUCGAGCUGCACCCGACUGUCUUUUGCGGCCCUGUCGCCCAGCGCUGGAUUGCGCCUUCCGUACACAUCUCCAAGAGCCUCUUCUUCGUGCAUGCGGCGACGCUCAUUGACACGAAACCCAUCCCGACCAACGAGAAGCUCUAUAGCUACCAGGGGUACAUUGAUGUACCGAGCCACAUUACAUCGCUUCGCCUGCCCUCCUUGUUUAAGGAGGUUGUCGAGUACCCAACGUGCUUUGCCGACGUCCAACGCCACGAAGCGCUGCCCGCUGACUUUUUCAGAGCGCUCGCCCGCCGCCGCGCGCAUUAUCACGCGCUUGCAUUGGGCACCUUCCAUGGCUUGACGGCGUGCUCGUAA